UUUGAGAGAAAAAAAUGGAAUCAACAGAAAAAGAGAGUAAAAAUGGAAUAUAUUCUCCAUCUCUCUCCUCCACAACUGGCUAUUAUUAGAGGAUUGUGGUAUUGUUUCCAACCAUUAGUAGUGUUUUGUUAAGAGUGGUAUUGAAGUCAUUAGUAGUGUUUUCAUUCAAUAGUAAUGUUUCGUAAUCGUAAUAGGAUUUUCAAAUUAUCAUCGCAGAAUCAUAAUCCAACCAAUUAUAGUGUUUCUAUAUCGUAAUUAGUAGUACUUGAAACCAAUAGAAAAUUGAAUUUAUUACUACUACCUAGAAAAUAGACUAUUAUGCUAUAAAUGCUAUGAAAACACUACAUAGGAAACAUUGCUACUACUAAAAAAUUGCUACUAAUUAGACAAAUUGCUACUACUAAAAACAUACUAUUUACUACUUCAAUCAGACAAAUUGCUACUACUAAAAAAUUACUGCUACAUCCCAAAACCUUCUUAUCUCCUUGCAUGCACAUUGCAAGUUCACGAUCGAGGUUGUCGCUGAAAAAAGACAAAACAAAAGCAACCCUUAUUAUUAGUUGCAUUUAUGCAAACUGCUACACACAAAAGCCUCCAUACCCAUUCAAUUCUGAAACUAACAAAGCUUAAAGCAAGACGGUAUGCUUAAAAUUACUAACAAAACACUACUAACUUUUCAAAACAUAAAUAUAUAAAAAUGCUACGAAAUCAAAUUAACAAAGUAGAUAUGAAGGCACAACAUUACAAUUCAUUGUGAAACACUACUGCCUACUGUAAAACAUAUCAGUACCCAUGAAAUGCCUACCACAUUAAACAAAUACAUCAUAAAUCACGACAUCAAAUUUUAUUAAUACACUACUACCUUUGUGAACCCUACUUUUGUCAAUAUGGUUACAUUGAUAUCAAAGCAGCCGAUAAAAAAGGUGGACCAUAAAACUGGAAUUUCGGAGUUGAAAAACACUACGCAACGCCCUCGCAUGCACCGAUCGGCGAGACCGAAGAGUAACCCGCCGAGACCGGAGAUCAAAUUGCAUGUUAACUCCGGCGAGAUUGACUCCGGCGACGGAGACGCAGGGGAGGUGGGAGAGGACGGGGAAGAUGGUGGAGGCGAGGGCGAUGAAGCAGAGGGGAGCUAAUGCGGUGGCGAAUCGGGCGAGUUUGAAUUAAAAAACGGCGAGACAUGAUCUGGAGGCACAGACGGCUGGCGAUGGAUGCGAAGAUGGGAGAGCAGAUUGUUCUGUCGAUUGGGAAGCUCGCUUGAUGAAAGAGAAACAGGAGAAUGAAGAGGAAAAUGGGCAGGAAAGAAAAAGGAAGGGGCGGAUUGUUGGGCACAAAAUCCGCACACAAUUACGGCAAAAUCUGAGAUCAUGUGAUGACGUCAAUUACAAAGUUUAUUUACCCAAAACACCCCUAAGAGCAAACAACCAUUGGACGUCAUUUUUGUGGUGAUGGGUGAGUUAAUCACCGUGCUAACACACUACAUAGUUAGCAAGCCAUCCCAUGCCAUGUAUAUGAUUUUGUUUGGUUAGGCAAACAUGUGUCUUAGUUAUUAUUAUUAUUAUUUUGCUGUCCUAUUAAACAUAUUUAUUAGUACCAGCUGCCACCUGGCUAUGUCAUUAAAUAAGACACAAGGGCCACAAAGGAGACGUAAAUAAGAAGACCAAGAAGAAAAAAAAGAAAGAAAGUGAAGUAGCCAAGAAAUUUCACCAAAAUAAAACCAUCAACCCAAAAUAGAGUACUUAACAAAUUAAUUAAUGAAGAAAAAUUAGUAAAAAAAAAAAAAAUCGACCAUGACGAAAACAAGCAUAAUAUACACUAUAGUGGCCAAGAUAUCAGCUGUGUGCAUUGAAUUAUGUUGUUCAUCAAAUGUAAAAAAAUCAAAGUUCAUAACUUUUGUAGACUACACAAAUUGCAAUUUGCAAAUGACAAAUUUGCAUAUUGAAAUAAGACAAACAUGAAGGGAAAGAUAACACAAAGAAUCAUUCCUAUCUACUUUGUUGUCGCUUAGUAGUUAGUAGUUCAACCAUAUUUCCACGAUAUUUCUAUUCAUUUUUUUCGUCAUUUAAUGGACAUUAACAUGUGGAAGUAAAAAUCAAUGACGGCUUGACAAACUUUACGAUAUAAGAAAAGAGUCCAGGUUUCAAGGUCUAGGAGGGUUAAAAUAUAGGCAACAUUUGUUAUGUGAAUUCACUCUUUAUAUCUUAAUCGCUUUCUCUUAAAAAAAUUUCCUCAAUGAUUGGACGAACACAUUUGAUUUGGUUGGAAAUUGGAACGGAUAGAGAUAAUUCGAGUUAAAUACUGAUAACCGAAAUAAAAGUGUAGUUAUAUGGAAUAUUAUUGACUUAAUACUUAAUAGCCACCAUGACCACCACCUAUUCAACCCAACUUUCAUGUACUUCUCCACCGACUGGUAUAAUCCAUCUCCAUCCUGUCUUCAACCUCGUUAUCUACACCAGUAACUUGGCUCAGAGAUUCAGGAGGAUUUACAACGCUCGUCAACCAACUUCGACAAAAUAUACCCUAACGAUAACAUAAAGGCGACAACUAUGGGUGUAUAUGGGUCGGGUGGUCUGGGUUUAGUCAUUUUAAUCACUCCGUCCAUGCAUUACGGUUUGGAAAAUAUUAAACCCAAAUCCACCCUAAAAAAAUUUAAACCCUACGGUUGAUUUUUAAUUGGGUUGAGUUGGGUUGGCGAUAUUUUUAAGUAAAAAUCCAACCCAACAGAAAAUAUAUAAUUAUUCUACACCAUAAAAGUAUUUAUAACUAAUUAAAAUUUCAAACGAAUAAACCGAGGGGAAAGGUAUCAAAAUUCACAAAUGUUGUUUGAAUUUUAAUUUAAUGCGAUUUACUUCAACAUAUGUCUAGUUUUUUUUCACGAUAUUUGUUGAAAUAGGCUAAAAAGGUUAUAAACAAAGGAAUCCAUAAUAUGUUAUUCUAUUAAAAUUGUACACAAGAAAAAGGAUUACGUGAAUCAUAACUAUAUUAAAUUUAUGUUUAAACU